AUGUCUAUGCAGCAACACCUGACAAUCACAGAUUGCCACAGCCGGUCAGUGAGUGCCUUGGGCUACCACACAGCUCGCAGAGAGUUCCUGACGGGUUUUGAAGACGGUGUUAUUAAAUGGUGGGAUUUAGAGACUGGGAAAAUGACUUGUGUGGCCCAGGAACACACUGGCAUAAUCACACAGUUCCUUUACUGGGCUGAACCUAAGCUCCUCUUCUCGGCCUCCAACGAUGGCACCAUAGUGAUAUGGAAUGUAGCAGCAACCGUGUUUGACAGGAUUGUGUUGAAUGCUGCUGUGUUUUGCAUGGCAAUCUGCUACCGACGCCACCAAAUCAUCUGUGGUUUCAAGAAACGUCUGAGAGUCUUUCCUUUGGAUGAGAAGAAGGAAUCUGGCCACGUGAUUGACCUGAAGAGAAGUUUCUCUGAUCACAGGCAUAGCGACAUUGUGUCAUGUGUGGUCUGCCUGGACACACGCGUGUUCUCCGCUGGGUACGACAAGAAGCUAAUUGUUUAUGAAACCAGUUCUAACCCGAGUAACAAACCUCUUCAGGUGGUCCACUGCAACCCAAGCGCGCACGAGGCUGGCAUCACAUGUCUGUUGGUAGUACAGGAGCACGAGAGCACACGGCUGGUGACCGGUUCCUUUGACAGAGCCAUAAAAGUCUGGUCCCAGGACGGGCAGCUGAUCCAGAAGUUACACCACUUACCGGGAACAGUCAGCAGCCUGUGCUUUGUGCCUUGUGUGAACGUGGUCUGGAUCUGCAGCGGGGUUAGAGUCCCCACUCUGUUUGACCCGAGUUCCGGAGAAAUUGUGUCCGAGUCUAUUGAUACCUUUCAAAAGCACAGGAAUGGACCAAGGUUGAAUCAAGUGAUCUGCCCCCCAGAAACUAACCAUGUGAUCGGAUUUACCAUCCAGCAGAAAGCAGUGAGCGUAUGGAAGUACAACAAGCAGGGCUGUGUUACUGCAUUACAAAGCAGGCAGCCUGUGGAGUGUCUGAGCUACACCCAGAAGGUACCAAUCCUGCUGUUCAGUGGCCACAGAGAUGGGACCGUUCUGAAAUGGGAACGACAUCAAUCUUCCUAUUUCCUCUACAGUCAUGAAGCCUUUAACCUGUUGGAUGAGCAGUCAAAGGGAGAGGAAUCUCACAAUAAUAAAACACAGUGGAGGAAAACCACAUACAAUAAAACCCACCACACAUACUGGACUGCAGGCUCAAAGCUCAGUAAAGUCCAGAAAUCAGCUGAUACCAGGACACCCAACCAAGUCAAAAGACCUCGUUUCACCAGGUCAGUGUUUGUGGAAGAGCUGGAUCUGUUGGCACUGGCUGCGGAGGAUGGGAAGGUUUACCUCUGGGGAUUUGAUGACUCCCUUUCCAGCAUCCUCAAGAUGAUGCCUUCAAAAGCCAAACUGCAGCAAGACAGGAUACGGAGAUUUGAAGUUCUCUUGGACCAAACUCCCAAAGACCAUCUCUUUGACCUCAAAGACAAUGAAAACGAUGCCGAUUCUGUUACAAACCGUGUUUCAGGCUUUGUUUGCAAGAAGGUUUUAUCCGGACACUUACAGCUGGUGACAGGGCUCGCUCUGGUGGCGAGAGGUGGAAGCAGCAACACUAACUAUCUGAUAAGUGGAGGCUGGGACGGGAGACUGUGUGUGUGGGAUUUGCAAACCGGGGCAUUGAAAGACACAUUCUGUCACACUGCCUCAGACAGUCAAAGUGAGGUUCAAGACCUGGCCAAUGAUGGUGCUAUUUUGGAUCUUGCAUAUAGCCCAAAACGGAAUGAAUUUGCCUAUUCUUCAAGCGAAGGAAUGGUCUACCUCCGACGCUUCAGCCCCGUUGCGGCACAAAUGAUUCUGGUGAAUGUACUUCGAGGUCACGAGGCUGAUAUCACAUCAGUUGUGUGGCAUUCACGCCUAGAAAAAUGGCUCAGUGGCUCAGAGGAUGGAACGAUACGCAUUUGGAGUGAAGAUGGAAUGCAGUGCGAGCAAGUCCUGGUUACUCACGGAGCCGUGAGCUGUCUCUGUGUCGAUCAGGUCAAUGGCUGCAUCGUAGCUGGGAUUCAGGAAAUCAUGAGAGUUUACGAUGCUGAGACGUUUAUCCAAGUGCAGAGUAAUACUGGACACACUGAUUGUAUCCGGACCAUAAUCCAUAUCCCCGAGAGAAAGCAGUACAUAUCUGCAUCCUGGGAUAACACUGUGCGUGUCUGGAAUGCCUACAUCAAAUGUCUGCCCAGGACUAGAAACCCGACUGGAAAUGCAAUCUAACAAGUUGAGAGCCUGUAAAACAACUCAACAUUUCAUUCCAAAUUAUUUAACACAUAUUUAUCAUGAAAAGCAGCUAAUAUUUAAUACCAAAAAAGAUAACAAAAUUACAUUUACAUCCCUCUCCCAACUCUCUUCCCAUUGCUCACAUACAGAAGUACCAACAUAUUUAUAGCAUAAUAUAAUAAUAUAAUAAACAUAAAUACUUAUAUAGUAAAGAAAGACCUCCUGAAAUAGGUGUUAUUGUUGAAUUACUAAAUUGGGGACAUGGGGGAAGGAAAUUUCAAACAUUAACUUGUUAAUUUUUUAACAAAAACUGAUAAGCAACAAUUUUUAAAAC